CACGCCAAAAACAUGGUACGAUAAAAAAAAGAGCAUGAACAAACAACCAUUGUCUGUUGUGCCUUUCGUGAUUUAGCACAUGGCCAAGGGAAUGUGUUACUUCUCAGACUACAUGCGCAUCUGUUUUGAUCAGUAUCCAAUUCGCGAACAGUUUGUCCUCCAACUACUUGAAGUAGUUAGCCCUGGCAGUUUUUCCAGUUUCCAAAGUCUGUAAUUUUUUGUCUAGCUUUCAAAACAGCUGCAGUACGUUCGGUGUGCAUUUGAUGACUGCUCCAGUGUUGUUGCUUCAUCACGCCUCGAAACCGCUGAGACACGCAGUCAUUCGUAUAUCUCCAGGGAACGCAGACGUAUCUCAUCGCUGGUCGUCAUCCGUCCCUUCUGUUAGGACGAGGAUGUUCUUUCCAGCCGCUGAACGUAACAAAAAGGCGAUCGUGGAUGUGCUUGACGGACACUUGGACAGAAAUGGACGGUUUGCAGCUCUGGAGACGGCGUCAGGCAGUGGACAGCACAUAGCUGCCUUUGCAGAGCACUUUCCCAACGCAGAAUGGCAACCGUCAGAAGUGGAGGAACGAUGCAUUGAUAGUAUUCGCAAGAACGUCGCUAAACUGCCCAAUGUGCGCGCUCCGAUCCUGCUCGAUUGCACCAGUCCAGUCAGCAUGUGGAACACACCGCACCGCAACUAUGAUGUCAUCGUAUGCUCCAAUAUGAUACACAUUGCGCCAUUCAAUGUCUGCGAGGGGUUUGUGCGUGGUUCCGGGCAGCUGUUGAAGCCUGGCGGUCUCCUAUUCAUCUAUGGGCCGUUUGCGUUCGAUGGCGUACUGGAGCCGGAUAGCAAUAUCCAGUUCCACCGAACACUCGUCAACAGUAAUCCUGAGUGGGGUGUCAGAGAUGUAGCCGAUAUCAAGGCUCUCGGCAAGGAGGUUGGACUGACGUUCGUUAAAGCGGUUCCAAUGCCAGCAAACAACCACACUGUAAUAUUCAGCAAGGACAAGCCCUCCGAAAAGCAGAGCAGCUAGUAACUGAGUCAGCUCAGCAUGGAGUGUCCGGUACCAAGGGGAGAGGUAGCAGCAGCAGCAGCUCUGCAGGAGCAGUAAUGACGCUGCUAGAACGGAAAGCUCUCAGUUGGCUUGAUUCGUGACCGCUUGAACAGUCACUGGUCCCGUGCCCCCCCCCCCCUCCAUUCUCUACUAAAAUUAUUAUUCUUUGGCUGUCACCAGCGCCGUUUGCUUCUCUCUUAGAUUGACAUUGCUAAUUCGGUUUCAUGAGAGAGAGAGAGAGAGAGAGAGAGAGAGAGAGAGAGAGAGAGAGAGAGAGAGAGAGAGAGAGAGAGAGAGAGAGAGAGAGAGAGAGAGAGAGAGAGAGAGAGAGAAUCACUUUCUGGCAUGCACAAUUAUUUUGCAUUGUCUCCUUGUUCUAUGAGGUACUAGUCGUACAUCAAAGUAUUUCCAAUUUAUUACCGAUCUCUUUCUUUCUUUCCGUUCAUGAUGAUGGCGACACAGUGCGCGUACAACAAGAGCAUUAUUGCGACUGGAAUAGCCUCGCCCUUACUUAUAAGAAUAGCCCUGCCCAAGUUGA